CACGCCCCGCGCCGAGCCCCAAAAUCCUGCCUUCCACCUCCACACCCAGCGACGGCUCCACCUCCGCCGCCGGCCACUGCUCCGCCUCCGUCGCAGGCUCAACCUCGCCCCUCCGCCUCAACCGCUGGGCCACUUCCUCCACAUCCCCCAUUAGCCUCCACCGCCCCCUUACCACGCUGCUCCCUCCCGCCAGCAUCCGACGACCGCGACCCCAGCUCCACCACCGGUCACGACCCCGCCUUACUACCUCCGCUGCCGGCCAGCACCCCAUCUUCAUCUCCCCCUCCCGCAUCCGGUAGAGCUACGCCCCCCUCCCCCUUCCUCUCCACCUUCACCAAACCCUAGACCAAGCAGUCGAUUCCUCCGGCACCAUACAGUCGCCGCUUCAAGUACCUCUCCGGCACCACAGAGUCGCUGCUUCAAGGACAUCGUCAGCGAAGACACGUCGACACACAAGAUGGAGAUCUCUCAAAAGAACAAAGCUAACCGUGCUCAAGUUAAGUUCCAUCAAACAACUGGUUCGCGCAGCUAUGCUGUGCAUUGUGAUAAUUUGGGAGAAAAAUACAAAGAUGAAGAACCCAAUGCAUUGGAUUUGUUCAAGGAGUGCCACUACAGCAACAAGAAGAAAGGGUACAUAGACACCGUAGAAUCUGCAAUUACUCAAAUCGAAGAGAAGGUCUCUCAACCUACCAAAGAGGGACAACAACCUCUCUCUGCGACUAAGGUUGUAUCUGACGUGCUCACUCAGCACACCAAGAAGCCUAAGUUUCUUCAGCAUGUGGGGAUCCAGCAUGUGCAUGAGAGAACCAGUGGUACCAACCUUGAAGCAUAACUGGCAGCACACCAAGAAGCCUAAGUUUCUUCAGCAUGUGGGGAUCCAGCAUGUGCGUGAGAGAACCAGUGGUACCAACCUUGAAGCACAACUGGCAGCGGAGAAGAAAGGUAAUGCAGAGCUUUGUGAGAUUGUUAACACCUUGACUAAGAAGGUAGAGGAAUCAUAAGAAGCAAGGGUCAGACAAGAAGAGGAGUACAAGACGAAGCAAGACGAGAUGGAUGCUAAACUUGACCUUUUACUAAGCCAGAGGUGAUCGAGCUCAUCUGCAGGGUAAGGCGUCGGCAUUGAAACACAAUGUUGUUGUAAGCCGAGAUGGACGCUGAACUUGACCUUUUGCUGGUGCCAUGCUUUUGUUGGAAGCUAUCUUGCAAUGCUUUUGCUGAUGCAAACUGUAUGCAUUCUGUUCAUGGUUAUCAAUGCAUGCAUUUUGUCGCAGGUAGUUUGUGGCACUGGAGUGAUUGUAGUUUCAUAUUUAUGUUGGAUCAGAACAUAUGUCAUCGCAUGUUGAAACUUUAAUUUAUAUGUACUGUGAUCUUUGUCAGAUAAGAACAUAUAUUGUUGUUCAUAUAUAAUAUUGUGGAAUGGUUUAGAAGCAA